AUGGAGCGGCGGAUGACAUUAAGCGGCCAUGUUCCGUCUUUAUCUCUCAUUCCGUUGGGGACUUGUCACAACGGCAAAUAUUACAUCGACAGCGAAUGUCUGGUUCAUCUUGAAGAGAUUAAUUUCAAAUUGAAAAACGAGGAUCCCAUUACUCGCCCACUUGGGUGCGCCCUCACAUUCCUGGACAUUCUGAACAAAGAUCUGAUCCCGAUUCUAAUCAACAGCCAGGAUCAGCCCAGCAUUUUGAAUUCGACAAUCAAAUUAUUGGCUGAGCUAACUACACCCCUAGAAUGCCUGGGAAUGGUCGGCGUAGAUACUCGAUCCAAUCAGAGCAGCACGGCAACGCAACAAGUUGUCAUCUACAAACUGACUCAGCUGCUCUACAACGCCAAGGAAUCCUUUCUGGAUGGUGGGGCCAUGCCAGCCGUUCUCCGUCACGUUCGCCACACCCUAAAAAAUGAGCCGUUGUCGAGCGAUGAUAACAUUUCUGUGAAUCAUUCCCUGUUACUCAUUCGCAAUAUCCUGCACGCUCCCGAACGACCUACUCAGAUGGCGGACAAACGACAGGAUCAGCAGGACCAACUAAUGCGGAUAUUAUUGGCCCAGGGACUGGAUCGUCUCCUCAUCAGCUUACUGGCCUGCACCCAAAAGGAACAAUGGAUGGUGACAGUUGUGCAACUCAUUUCUCUCUUGUACAAGGAUCGACCCGUUGAAACUAUUUUACAAAUUUUAGAUGAAAACUGCACUCAACUUGAGCCGGAAUUCUACUUUGACAAAGACCAGCAAAAUCAAUUUGAUAAAUGUCGACGAUCUAGUCAGCAAAGUACGUCCAGUGGCUUCCACUCGGAGGAUUCAAAUGCGCCGAAAAUUACAUCACCAAAGGUUACGGAUUCAGUGAUGAAGAAAUCUAAUCAAAGUAAAAGUUUUUCAGGAAGUCAAUCCAGUAAAUGCGGAAGUUUGUCGUCUUCCGCAUCAUCUCAACUUGGCGGAACUAAAUGCUUAAAAAAGAGUUUUAAAGGAACUUCCAAGAAAUUAGAGAAAAGUUUAAAAAAGCUUAGCAAAUACAACAAACUUGGACGUCGAGUGGAGAUGAAAGGCAACGUCGUAGAGUACAAACCAACAGAUGAAAGCACUUUGAAUCUCCUGAAAGGAUUUACUAUCAAUUUUAUCCGUCAAGGCUACAACACGCUGGUGGGCCAAUUGCAUCAACAGAUGCUGAAACAACAGGGCGACGCCCACUUCCAGCUGCUGGAUAAGUCGCAUUUUCUCUGGCUCAUUUCUUAUUUCCUUCCCAUCGCCUCCCGGUUGGAAUUAAGCGCGGAAAAUUUAAAAAACGUCUUAACUAUUGAUCUCUUGUGUUAUCUGACGUGGGAAGCUGUUCAGCAGACGGAGGAACUAGAAAUUUAUGCGUUUCAACAUUCAACAUUCGAUCUCAAAUCGUGCGUGAGGCGCUUGCAUUUGUGCGUGAAAGCAAUUCGUGAAUAUUUGAAAACACUGGAGAGAUUUUCUCGUCCUUCGACGUCUAGAAAUGUAAAUGCACCGGAUAAUGUGAUUACUCGACUGAGUGGUUACGUGCCAGCCAUUCGGGACCUCCGUCAACUCUUUUUGCUCCAACUCCGUCAAUACGAUCCGGUCGUUCAAAGUCGGCGCUAUCUACUCGAUGUCAUCGCAACCAAUCACAUCUUAUUGCUGUCGCUCGAACGGUCCACUGCCGGGCAAUCAUCACGCGGGAGUUUUGACAUCAGCCAACACUUGACUCAAUUCUGUUCGGAAAUGAUAGUCGAUCGAUACGGCACGGCCCUCGCGGAUUUCCAGACCAACGGCCCAUUCGUCAACGAUUGCAUCUUGACUCUUUUGCAUCACGUCGCGGGCGAUUUGGGCCGGGCCGACCUUUUGUGCCGGCCCGUCAUUCUUCGUCCGUUCAGCAAAAUUUGGAAAGAGGAAUUCAACGUGUGUGACGACUGGAAUGAUCUGAUUGAAUUGACUAUUAAAAAAUCAAUGCGAGAAAUUCAGAAAAGCUCAAUCAAAGAGACAUUGCGCAGCAACCCAAAUGAACCGCUAGAGAUCAAAGAUUCCGCUUCCCAUUCGAUGGAGAUCCUCCCACUAAAAUAUUCGGAUGAGAAAACAAUAGAAGAAUCGACUGAAACAAAUCAAUUGUCGUAUGAAGAACCUCGUAGCACUGAAUCACUAUUGAUUCAACUCAAGGAUUCUGGUUUUCAGAAACAACUGGAAUGGAUUCAAUCUUCAUUGUUAUCGGCCUGUGCUGUUCGAUUGGGGACCUACUCCGGCCAAGAAUUCCGCCACCCCAUCACUUCCCUGAGUUUUCAAAUGAAUUUAUCCUGCCCUUUGGUUCCCUGGACGGAGGUGGAAGCAUCCGCCCUGCGUUCAGAACUCUUCCUCAAUCUCCUAUUUCGUAUUGGUCUCAUUCCUCCAUCCCCUCAGCCUGUCCUGUACCCUCGUAUCCCGCGUGAAUGGUCCCCGGACACUUUGUACAGUGUCGCCCUCCUUUUCGGACCCAUCGACCAGAAGAGGAUCGAUUUCGAUUUGAGUCAAGUCAAGAAAAUCGAACUAGACUUCCCCUAUUCAUCUGUCAAUGUCCAAAAUGUCCAAAGACCAUCUCCUCACCCUUACAUAAUUCACGAGGGCGUAUCUUACCGUGAAGAUUCGUUCCUGGAAUCCAAGUUUCUUUCAGCAGAGAUUGAAAUUCCUGGGCAGAAUAGCAACGAUGACAGUGUCUUCGACAACCAUAGUCCACGACCAUUGGACAGUAUCAGUACCACCAGUUCACUAGAAGUCCACAAAAUGGACUCUAGCGACGACGAAGAAAUGGAGGACCUUCUGUUUGUGACAGAUUAG